AUUAGAAACGAAUAGUAAUUUUUUACGCCGACUGUCGGCUUUUGAGUGAAUUGGAAAUCGUUAUUUAYUUGCAUAUUAAGGCUUCAUUUUACAAGUAGAAGUCGAAAAAUAAAAUCUUGGACAAUUAGUUAUUUGAUUCCAUGCGUUGACGAUCCACAUCGUUGUUUCAACUUAGUUAUAGGUUUGCAAUGUUCAACACAGUAUUUCGGAUGAGCAGUUUGGUCGGCCAAACUACAGUUUUGCGAUCUCUCGUGAUCAAACACCAUCGUCGUGACAUUUACUGUCGUAAAAUCGUGUACGAAGAAUAUGGCGAUCCCAUGAAAGUCGUAAAUCUUGUAGAGCAUACACUGCCCGACAAACUUGAUGAUGARCAGGUCUUGGUAAAAAUGAUUGUUGCGCCAGUCAAUCCUGCCGAUAUUAAUACUAUUCAAGGUGUAUAUCCUGUGAAACCACCGUUGCCUGCCACUGGAGGGUUUGAAGGAAUUGGGGAUGUAUUGGCAGUCGGAUCAUGCGUUAAAAAUCUCUGUCCCGGAGAUCGAGUUAUUCCAGACGGUGCUAUAGGUACUUGGUGUACAACUGGUGUGUUCGAUUCUAAACUACUAAGAAAAGUAAGUAAAGAUACUAAUGUAUAUGCAUUAAGUGGUAUUUCUUCUAAUCCGUGUACUGCUUAUAGAAUGUUACAUGAUUUUGUUUCAUUAAAUAAAAAUGAUGUUAUCAUACAAAAUGGAGCAAACAGUGCUUGUGGUCAAAAUAUUAUUCAAUUGGCAAACAUUUUUGAUUAUACUAGUGUUAACAUUAUACGCAAUCGACCUGAACCAGACUUAAAAAAUUUGAAAAAUUAUCUAAAGUCACUAGGUGCUUCAUACGUUCUUACUGAGGAAGAAUUAAGGACAACAGAUUUGUUUAGAAGUGGAAUAUUAUCCAAACCACGUUUAGGAAUAAACAAUAUAGGAGGUAAAAGUUCUACAGAAGUUUUACGUACAUUGAACAAUGGUGGUGUGAUGGUGACUUAUGGUGGUAUGUCAAGAGAACCAGUUAUUGUUCCAACUGCUUCAUUUAUAUUUAAAGAUAUUCAACUCAGAGGUUUUUGGAUGACUAGAUGGCGUAAAGAAAAUGUUAACACUGAGCAAUAUAACCAAAUGUAUGAAGAACUUUUGCUGUAUAUGAAAGAUGGCAGAUUAAUUGCACCAGCACACAAAAUCUUACCAUUAAACUCAUUCAAAGAAGCAUUAAAAAAUACAAUAUCAUCUAAAGGCUUCAUUGGACAUAAAUACUUUUUAGAUUUACAGUAAUAAAUGCUGCUACUGAUACAUAUAAAAUUACAUAAAUAUAUUAUAUACUUAAGUUUCAAUAAAAUAAUCUUAAAUAA